CAGUAACCACCCAUUUGAUCAAGGCAUUGUUUUAAAACUUAUAGAUUAGCUCACGAAUCAUUCUCCUAACACAUUUCCCGCCCUAUGGAUCUUAUCAAACAACAACCAUUCAGAACCUGCCACGUGGUGGCAAUGCCUUGGCCCGGAAGAGGCCACAUCAACCCCAUGACGAACUUCUGCAAACGCCUCCUCCUCCGUGACCCUAACCUCAUCGUCACCUUUGUCCUCACGGAAGAAUGGCUCGGCUUCAUCGGAUCAGACCCGAAACCCGACCGGAUCAGCUUCGCCACUCUCCCAAACCUCAUCCCCUCGGAGCUCGUCCGCGCCAACGACUUCACGGGCUUCAUCGACGCCAUCUACACCAAACUAGAGAAGCCGUUCGAGAUGUUACUCGACAGCCUCAGCUCUCCGCCUCCCACAGUAAUCAUCUCCGACACGUUCGUGGUGUGGGCAGUUCGUGUCGGCACACGGAGAAAUAUUCCGGUAGCUUCUUUCUGGACUGAGUCAGCCACGAUUCUCUCCCUCUUCGUUCACUCCGAUCUUCUCGCAGCUCACGGCCAUUUUCCGACCGAACCGUCAGAGUCGAAAGAAGACGAAGUUGUUGAUUACAUUCCCGGUUUAUCUCCGACACGACUCCGUGACUUGCCGGAGAUCUACCACGGCUUCAGCCACGAAGUGUUCAAUAAGUUCAAGCCGUGUUUCGAUGAGCUCUCCAAAGCUAAGUAUCUUCUCUUCCCUUCUGCUUACGAGCUGGAACCAAAAGCGGUUGACUUUUUCACUUCCAAGUUUGACUUCCCGGUUUACACCACCGGUCCGUUGAUACCAUUCGACGAACUCUCUGACGUCAGCGAACCUGAAUACAUUAAAUGGCUUGAUGGGCAACCCGAAAGCUCUGUUCUUUAUAUAUCCCAAGGGAGUUUUCUUUCGGUCUCGGAAGCUGAGAUGGAGGAGAUAGUGGGAGGAGUUAGAGAGAGUGGAGUCCCGUUUCUUUGGGUGGCGCGUGGAGGAGAGUUAAAGAUGAAGAAGGCUCUUGAAGGUAGCGCGGGUGUUGUCGUGAGCUGGUGUGAUCAGCUGCGUGUGUUGUGUCAUGCAGCUGUAGGUGGGUUUUGGACACAUUGUGGGUUUAACUCGACGUUGGAAGGGAUAUACUCUGGAGUGCCGAUGCUGACGUUUCCGUUGUUUUGGGAUCAGUUUUUGAAUGCUAAGAUGAUUGUUGAGGAUUGGAGGGUGGGGAUGAGUGUCAAGAGUAAUAAGAAGACGGAGUUUGUAAAGAGAGAGGAGAUAAAGGAAUUGGUGAAGAGGUUUAUGGAUGGAGAGAGUGAAGAAGGGAAAGAGAUGAGAAGAAGGGUUUGUGAUCUUAGUGAGAUUUGUCAUGGAUCGGUUUCAAAGACUGGUUCUUCUGAUGUUAAUAUUGACUCUUUCUUGAAAGAUAUUACCAAGAUCGUGUGAUUUUUCUGUUGUUGCUUUUAAGUUAUGAUCUAUUGAGAAUUUGAGUUGCUAAAAAAAAAGAUCUAUGAGAAUAUGUAUAAGUUUGCAUGUAAAGACUAAAACUUUGCAGAGAUAUGUAUUAAAUUUUGUAUGUAUCAUUUGGUAGACCCUUGAU